UUCUAGGUCUCUCAAUCGGAGUGAGUAUGUCAACGCAAAACCAUUUAUUUGAAAUGCAGACUCAUUGCUUUCGAGUGAUGGGUUCUUACUUAAUUUGUUGUUCCAUCAGUGUUUGAUUAUUUGUUAAAAACUAUGGAAAUCAGUAGACUUUCCCAAAUGUGAGGUGUAGAGGAAGACAUUUUUUCCAUGGCGAUUUCAAUAUCGCAAUGUCUCUGGUGAAAGCAAUCAACUUGGAGGAUCAGAGGGACUCCCUUUGGUCGUCCAAUUGUGAAUUAGAUUCUCCCCCACUCCACUUAAAUAAUAAGCUCAUAAUUGGCAUCACCAUGGCUGUUAUGCAUGGGAAACCGUCUCUUGUUAUUUGCUUACACUCUUGUAUUACUUUUGCUGCUGCUACUGCUUCUUCUUCCUGGAAGGUUUCCGCAUCAUACUCUAAUGUCGUCGAGCACACUUUCCAUGUGGGUAACUUGAGUGUCCGCCGAGUGUGCCGAGAACAAACUAUAAUAGCAGUAAAUGGCAGCCUCCCAGGCCCAACACUACAGGUUGCUGAAGGAGAUACACUCGUCAUUCAUGUUGUUAAUAAAUCUCCCUACAAUGUCAGCAUUCACUGGCAUGGAGUAUUUCAACUACUUACUGCAUGGGCAGAUGGACCAGGUUAUGCAACCCAAUGUCCAAUACAACCAGGCAACAAGUACACCUACAAAUUUAAAGUCGCUAAACAAGAAGGAACCUUAUGGUGGCAUGCACAUACAUCUUUUAUGCGAGCGACUGUGUACGGUGCUCUCAUAAUUCGUCCAAGGGCUGGUCGGAGCUAUCCAUUCCCUACACCAUAUAAAGAAGUCCCGAUUAUGUUAGGGGAGUGGUGGAAUGCUAAUGUGAUGGACGUCGAGCGGAUAGGUAUGGCAAUUGGCGGCGUCCCAAAUGUAUCGGACGCUUAUUCAAUAAAUGGACGUCUUGGUGAUCUCUCCCCGUGUUCAAAAAAGCAUACAUAUAAGUUGAAUGUGGUGAAAGGGAAGACUUAUCUGCUUCGGCUCAUCAACGCUGCCCUCAAUAAUCAAUUUUUCUUCAAAACCGCUGACCACAAAUUCACAGUCGUCGCAAUAGAUGCUAGUUACACUGAACCUUAUCACACGGAUGUAGUCGUCUUGGGUCCAGGCCAAACAACCGACGUCCUCUUACAGACUGAUCAACCAAUUGGGGAUUACUAUAUGGCAGCUCGUCCCUAUGUUAGUGCCAUGUUACCGGCCCCAUUCUCACCAAUUGCCACCACUGGGAUACUCCGGUACAGAGGCGGCACCACUUCAAUUUCAUCUGCCUCUACACCCAAAAUGCCAAUCCUACCGGCUUUCAACGACACCCCAUCAGCUCACAGAUUCCACACCAAUUUGACUGGUUUAAAGAAUGGCCCGUUUUUUGUCAAGGUUCCGCGUAAUGUAGAUGUGAAAAUGUUGAUAACCGUCGGGGUGGGGAUUAGCACUUGUCAGACACCAAAUGCUUGCAUUGCUAACCCAUUUGGACCUAACAUUCUGUUCUCAGCGAGUAUGAACAACCAGUCGUUCCAAUUGCCCAGCAGUUUAUCGUUGUUGGAAGCAUUUGUUACAGGUGCAAAAGGAGUUUACACAGAAGAUUUCCCGGAUCAACCACCACUGAAAUUCAAUUAUGCUACCGACAACAAUCAAUCGUUAUGGAUGACCCUGAAGAACACAAAAGUUAAGAGGUUGAAGUUUAACUCCAAGGUCGAGAUUGUUUUUCAGAAUACGAAUAUCCUCAGUAUUGAGAGUCAUGUUAUGCAUAUUCAUGGCUUCAAUUUCCAUGUUUUGGCACAAGGGUUUGGGACAUAUAAUCAAAAGAGUGACAAAAAGAACUUCAACUAUGUUAACCCACAAGAAAGGAACACUGUUGCUGUUCCAACUGGAGGAUGGGCUGUCAUCAGAUUUCGGGCCAACAAUCCAGGUGUAUGGUUAAUGCAUUGUCAUAUGGAUCUGCACAUGCCGAUGGGUCCAGCAACUGCAUUCUUAGUUGAGGACGGACCAUACCCAUGGAUGAAGCUUCCUCCACCACCAAAAGAUCUUCCUCGAUGUUAAUCAUAAAUUUGAAACUUUUCUUGUUUUGUUUCUUUAAGAUGUAUGCUGGUCUCAUAAAAAGAUUAUUUGUCAUAGCAAAGGAGAAAGUUACAUUAUUAAGGAUAAGAGUGUGCAAUAUAAUGAGUCAUGUUAAUAGGAGGGAAAGAAUGGAUUUGAGGAGGAAAAGAUUAAGAGGAGGGAUUCCAAAUUGAUGAGGAGGGAUUGACUCUUUAAAAUCCACAUAAGAUGUCUGAAAUAUCCCUAAAAAGUAACUACAGUUU